AUACAACAUCAUUUUUACAGCCAUAUAAAAGUCAUUCAAAUGUGACGAGAAUUACUUUGUCAGUAUUUCCCUGCUCGUUAUUGAUUGAUUUUUGGGUCACGCAGUCUAGACGUGUUGAUGAACAGCGAAAACGCGUCUAAUCCUCAGGAAGUUAAUAAAACUAAGAAUCAUGUUCCUACAUUGAUGCUGACUGACGAAAAUUCAGGUGAAGUGUGUAAGAUCACUGUAAAAGAUGAAAAAGGAGAUGAAGUAGAUGUAAGAUAUGAUUCAGAAAAACAACAAGCACGUGGUGGUUGGAAUGGAAAACUGGAAUUCGUUAUGACGUGUAUUGGUUAUGCUGUAGGUCUUGGGAAUGUAUGGCGUUUUCCGUAUUUAUGUCAUAAAAACGGUGGAGGUGCAUUUCUCAUCCCCUAUUGUUUGAUGUUGAUAUUGCUUGGGCUUCCAUUAUUUUUUCUUGAAUUCGCAUUUGGUCAAUUUGCAAGUUUGGGUCCUAUAUCUGUUUGGAAUAUUAGUCCAUUAUUUAAAGGCAUCGGUUAUGCAAUGGUCAUUUUAUCAUGGAUACUUGUUGUAUACUAUCAAAUUGUUGUAGCGCAUUGUUUAUACUUUUUAUGCGCUAGUUUUACGAGCCGAUUACCUUGGACAGAUUGCGAUCCAUCUUGGAGUAGUCCAAAUUGUAUGGAUGCAUCUCGUGCUAACUUUACGAAUAUUACAAAUCCUAAAGCUCCAUCAGAAGAUUAUUACUUUAAUGAAGUACUUAAAUUAAGCUCUGGUCUUGAAGAAUUCGGUACACCAAGUUGGUCAUUAACAUUAUGUUUAUUGACUUGUUGGAUAAUUUGUGCAUUAGCUGUUAUCAAGGGUGUACAAUCACUUGGUAAAGUGUCUUAUUUUACAGGCAUAUUUCCAUAUAUAAUGUUAACUAUUCUCCUAAUACGAAGUGUACUUCUUCCAGGUGCCAAAGAUGGUGUACUUUAUUAUUUGACACCUGAUUUCUCACGUUUAAAAGAUCCACAAGUAUGGGCUGAUGCUGCAACACAAAUUUUUUUCUCUUUGGGCUGUUGCAACGGUGGUUUGAUAACAAUGUCGAGUUAUAAUAAAUUUAAGAAUAACUGUUGUAGGGAUGCUGUAAUAUUUGCUAUCAUCAAUUGUGCAACUUCUGUAUACGCUGGAUUUGUCAUCUUUAGUAAUUUGGGUUUCAUGGCUUUAACAAAGAAUACAACAGUUGCUGCAGUUGCGACAUCUGGUCCUGGACUCGCUUUUGUUGUCUAUCCUGAAGCGAUGACAAAUAUGCCACUGCCUAGUUUAUGGUCAGUGUUAUUUUUCAUCAUGAUGUUAACACUUGGUCUUGGUUCACAAUUUUCCAUAUUGGAAACAACCCUAUCCGGUACAGAAGAUGAACUGAGACGGUUAGGUGUUGUGUUGACAACAAAACGUAAAAUGUUCUAUCGAAUUGUUAUAUGCUUUGUUGAUUUCUUGCUUGGAUUACCUAUGGUCUGUGCUGGUGGUUAUUAUUUAUUCUCUAUAUGUGAUAGUGUUAUAUCAGGCUAUACACCUUUGGUUAUUGCAUUAUGUGAAACAAUUGUUAUCUGUUAUGUAUAUGUUUGAUUUGGUAGGAGGGCGGUCUACAGUGAUUAUUCGGUCACGUGAGCAUCUGUCUGUCGUUUAGCAACUUUGUAAUAUUAAUUCAUUGAUCAUUUGAUGUAUUUCAUACUUUAUAUUUAACUAAAACAAGAACGAUUAAUGUAGCAGAAUAACAUGAAUUGGUUAUAUUAUUCGGAGUUUCUCGUCAGCUGAUUACAUCUUAAACACAAUAGUAUUAAUCAUUAAAAAUCACUGUGUACAUGCCCCCAAACGUCGUGGUACGGCCAGGGUUGGGAGAGUUAGCUCUCCUUCUGGAAAUGCUCUCAUAUGGCCGCGUGCAUCCAACCACUGACAGUGAAGUUCUACUCACUGCCUUCUCGCGGCGGGGAUGUUUACUACAUCGAGAGAACGAAAAGCGAAUGUCUGGCGCUUUAACCGCGUCAGUGGACACAAAGGGUCCACCUAGGGGAGUUGGAAAACCCUGAUUCCAAACCGAUGGUGUACAUGGGCUGCAGAAUCCUAAGGAAACAAGUGGCGUAUGAACCAAUCUUUGGUUACUGGUUACCAUGUGACUGCAUCUUCUGACGUUGAUCCAUUGCCUUAUGAAUCAGACCUUUAGGUCGAAGGUUCCGAGUGUAGCCGCCUAAAAAAACCACCUGCUUCAGUUUGGACACUCGGGAAGCAUUACAGCCCAAACACAAAUCAAGUGACCUGUGUGGCUCAUACGUAUUCUGUUCCCCUUUGUACCAAAGCCUAUGUGUUCAAAGAAAUAAAUAACUGUGUACAUACUUUACAUCAUCACAUCAAGAAAAUUCUCAUCAGUGAAGAUGAAUGAAUGUAGUAAUAAGUGUGACGGAACUAUCAGAGAUGUUUUCCUGGUCAGCGUUUUUCAGCGAAUUAGUUUUCUAUGGGAUGGGGUCGCUAACCCCAUGCCCAACCCUCCUCCUUUAUCCGGGCUUGGGACCGAAAGUAGCCUCAGAGGAGCUCCAGGUGGAGUUAGCAAGGAUGUACAUUUGUUGAAUAAUGUGAAUAUUUAUAAGUUGAAUUUAUAAAAAUAUUCUAAGAUAGACAACUGAGAACUUAGAAACAGAAUUAUUUAGAAGCAAUAUAUUAAUGUUAAUAUUAUUUAACUUUUAAAAUAAAAUUGACUGAGUACAGUAGUAAGAAUUAUCCAUGUGUCAGGAAAAGAAGAACGACGUAACAAACACUUAUGAAUUAAGUCACCAUGGUAAGGCAAGACGAACAACUAAAUCUCAUCUUUUUAUGUCAAUUGAUUCGACUAAUCUAAGUGAAUUCGACGUUCUUUGUUUAUUAAUUAUCGUGAAAGACUUUAAACCAUCAACACCACUGUCCAACAGAUAGUGUGCUUUUGCACUGCUGAAAACGUGGUGUCCUCUAAGUUUUAGGUUCUAUGGAAUGCACUCAGCAAUGCGUAAACUAACCCUCCUUUCUGUUUUUCCGAUAUAUAUGCUUUGACAUGUAGAUGUAAACUGAUAAACACAAUUAAAGGUAACCAGGUUGGGAUUUGUCCACAUGACUGUCAUGAUUUAUUUGAUACAGAGAGAUCAGCUUGGUAACUAGAUAACUGCCUAAUACUCGACAUGAAUGGCUGUAUAAAGAAUUUGUAGAGAUUGCUGGAUUUUAUAUUUUUCGUCAUAAACUGAUUGUAGCUAGACAGCCAUUAAAAACCAGGAAGCAAUCGAUAGCUGUUUCAUCCCAGUAAAAGUCUUCUCAGGAAAGUGCACUCACAGCUACACUGAUAAUUGAACCAUGGAUCAUUGUGGUCUUGAUUCCAGCGAUUAAUCUCUAAAUAAUAUCUUAAAUAGUCUGCAUCCAGUAAUUUACAUGUUUAGUUUCAGUCAAUUUUCAUUCCAAAAUCAUUGGUGGGUGACUGCCUAAUACUCGACGUGCUUGGCUUUCUCUGUUUACAGCUUCGCUUAGAACUCCGAAAAAUAUAUCUCGAAGUUAGUUCCUAGUUAUCAAGUGAUCAAUAUAUAUAUAUAUAUAUAUAUAUAUAUAUAUAUAUAUAUAUAUAUAUAUAUAUAUAUGAGUUAAUGAAGAUUGUUGAAUUCUGUAGUUUCCAUCACGAAUUAUCUGUAACUAGAUAAAUAUGAAUAACUAGGGAGUACUUGACAGUUGUUUCAUCAUUAAAUGGGACAUCUCAGCAGUGCGUAUCCAAAGACUUCACGUCUCCUGAACUACUAUUCAAUGGCUUAAAUGUUGAACUGAAUUCAUGAUAUUGCACAAUCGUUUCCCAAGUCUCUCAGUGGUUAAUCGCUACACACCCGACAACAUUGAACAUAACUACUCACAGCUCCUGACUAGAGCUGCAGGAAUUUACUUCUCGAAAUCAAUUUCAAAUUAGAAAUAUAAAUCUGAUCCUAUCAACUAAGCAGUGCAACUGAAUAAUCGCUCAACGCAUAACCUAAAGGUUUUAGGAUUAAACACAACAGGGAUCAUCCGUACUCAUUUCUGUGAAGUUCCAUGCUUAUGAAAAAAAGAACUAUCCAACGCCUAAUUUUAAAUGGUUGUUUGACUAAGAUCUGUUCACGAUGUGAAUUUUAAAGUUUUAUUCUUGUUAUACUCAUCCGAAUGAAUUUCCAUAACAAUGAAAAUUUUCGCCUAAAUUAUUUGUUUAAAUUCUAAUGUUCACUUUUUUCAAAAUUUUUCUUCAUUUAUUAUCUAUCAGGGUUAAAACAAUUUCGACGUGAUAUUGAAAUGAUGAUUGAUGAACGACCAAAUUGGUAUUGGCGUAUUUGUUGGCUUGUAUUCACACCGAUCAUUUGUUUCUUAUUGAUCAUUGCAAUAUUUAUUUAUUCAACAGAAUUUAAAGAGGGCAAUUAUACAUAUCCACAAUGGGCAUUAAUAUUUCGUCAAAUAUUAGCAGCUAUACCUGUAUUAACAAUCAUUGCAUGGUUUUUAUAUAAAUACUGUAAAGAAGGCGGUUAUGUUGUAAGCUUCUCUCAUUAUUUUUAUGUUGUGAAUCAAUUAUGAAUGAUUUAUCUUUGUUGACAAAAAUUAGCAACUCUCGUUAGUAUAGCCCAUUUUUAGCUAAUCAGCAAGCAAGUGAUGUAAAUGAAUAAUUAUUUAAGGGUUCUGUGGAGAUUAACUGAUUUAAAUGGAUUACAUUAUGCACUGAUCAUAGUUGGGCCAUCACCGGGAACCAGGAAGCACUGUUUCUUUCUAGUAUGGAACUCCCCCAGCAUUGAGGAUUCACAAUCCUACAAGAAGUCACACCCAGAACCCCUGUCUCAGGAGUGGACGCUUGAACUCGAGACUACCGAAAGGACAGAAGAACAGUCCAGUGCUUUCUGGUUUUCAAUAGUGGUCUAGCAAAGAUCAGUCAUUGAUGUGAUCUAUGAAAAAUAGUUUAUUACAUAAAGACCCGUAAACUUAAAGUUAGGAAUAUGAGUUUGAGUUACAGUAGAAGAAUGAUUCGUAGCCGAAUUGAUAAACGGUUAUGUAGAUAGUUAGCUACAUUGAAACAUUUUAAAAUUGUAUUAAAAAGUUACGUUGCAAUUCGAUUCGUUUUAUACAAUCUUUUCCUAUCGACAAUGUAAUCAUUUUUUUUUCGUUAAUAUUUCAAUAGUUACUCUCUAAUUCCUCAAUAUUCUUUAGUCUUACUGUGUUUAUAAAUGUAAGACGUCCUAUUAAGAUACAAAAUGUUUAUCAUUAGCUUGCUUAAAAACCUGUCUUAAAGCUACUAUCUUAAAUCUAAUUAUGACUCGUCAGUAAAACUUACUUUUACAUCUAAACAUUAGUGUUAAUCGGAUUCUACCAGUCAAGUUACACUGUAACUAUUAAUGUAAAUAUUUUCUCUAUAAUCUCAUACAAUAUACUUUGAUGUUCAGGAACAUAGUCGACAGAGUGACCUAAAUAUAUGUUUCAGUCUAGUUUACUCCAAGAUAAAUUUUUAAUUCCCAUUAAUACACACAAAAUUAUUUUUAACCCCACCACCACCCUUUAUGAAUAGUUAAUGAAAGAAUUUUUGAAACCUGUUCAUGAAUGGGGGCCGGCCGAGAAAGAAUAUCGUACAGAAUUCAUUUCAAUGAUUAAAUCAAAUGAAUCGUUACAUCGUUCGCGUAUUUAUGAUAUUGGUCCUGGUAAUGCAUCGACAACAAUGACUCAUGCAAUAUCUAAUAGUCAAAUGAAUUUUAAUUUAGGCGGUUCACUUGUCAGUGGAUUAGCUGUUGCCACCGGCGUAAUGGAUGAUACGAAAUUUUUUCAAAGUAAACUAAAAGUAGCUGAAAAACUUACUGAAGCUCAUACAAAGGAAGUGAUAAAACGAGCUGCUAGUAAUGCAGAUUUUGCUCCAUUAGAUCCUAAUCUAGCUUUAACAACCAGUCAAACAGCUUUAGCUGCAGCCAGUUCUGCUGUUAUUCUCAACACAUUACAGAAACAAAUUCCAGAAAAUCCUGUUCAAACGUUUACUUCUAUAAAAUUACCGGAACAAAUUGAACGUGGUGAUGAUGACGAUGAUGAUGAUGAUGAUAAUGUUGAUAUUGUCAGAGUUAAACAAAUAACACCAUCACAUCAAAAACAUGAUUCGAAUGAUCAUCAUCAACCAAGUACACCGCACUGCCUACAACAAAGUCAUUAUCAAGAAGAAAAUCAUGAAGUACAUUUUGACAAACUGAAUAAAAUUCAACGUUUAAUUGAUAAAGUUAAAAAUUCUAUUUAAAAUAUUAAAUUGAUUUGAUGACUUAAAAGGGCGGAUAAAUCUGGAGGUUUCAAAAUAAUAAUAAUAAUAAACUAUAAGAUCUUGUUUGGAAUUCAUUCUCAGCUUUAUAUGAUUUAUAAUUAAAUAUACUGUUUGUAGUAUUAUUGUUAGAAAUACACUUAAACAUUUAAUCAUAGAAUUCCAAAAUCAAUUCUUGCUCAAAAGAACAUUUGUACACUUUGUUGUAUAUUGUUAUUUACUCUUUAUGUACAAGCAUAUUUUUUAAAUAAAGAUCCUUUAUUUC